UUCAAUACCAAAGCAAUAGACAGACUUAAUAUUUGUUGUCUUGUCCCCAGUCAUAUUGUGUGUACGACUAUUUAAUUUUGUUUUCUCUUUUACAUCUUUAGUGUUUAUUGCGAAAUUGUGAAAACGUGACACCCAUGCACAUUAUCUAAGGCUCGGCAUUGGGGCAAACUAAAAUGUUAACUACAAAUUGAAAUUUCUGUUUGAAGGAUGGAUCCCAAGCAAGAUACAUUCAAUGAGUCAGUGUCUUCAAUAUUAGAGCGGAAAGUUAGGGGGUGGUUAAGUGGAGUGAUUGAUGAUAUGCGCCGCAGCAGUCCUGUGCAGCAGUGGCUGGACUCGCUCCCGGCCGACAGUGUCGACAAUGACGCUGAGAAACCAGAUGAAGAGACCCUUAAAGUAGUCAAAUCUGAUGAUAGCAAAGCUGAAUCGGUUACUGAUAACACGGUUGUAGAGGCCACGGAUGAAGUACAAGAAGAACGAAACUUAGAUGUACCCACUCCUAAAGAUUGGAAAAGAAAAUCGCUAGAAAGUGGGGUGCUUGCAAGUGCACCUCCAGGCAACGUUAGGAAACGGUUACAGAGAGAUCAUUCUGUUCAGUCUGAGGGUUAUUCUCCUAAACUGAAAAAUCCACUUCUAAGAGAUUAUUCCCUUCAGUCAGAUGCAAGUGGAUCGAGUGGCAGUUCGGUUCUGAAUGUGCUCGGAGCUAGAAAAGUGGAUGCCGAGUCAGUACUACUGGCUUUGGGUUUUGGACCUAGUGAGAAACAACAGAAAUUACAAAGGAUACCUGAUAGAUUUUUAGUUCCAUCUAAACUGAAAGGCAUCAGUACGGAUAAGUUUAUCAAAGAUGAGCAACAUUCCAUGCGCAUGCACGACUGUGGAGUGUUUGGGUACCGAGGAUUGACUGGGAAUCCCCAUGUACCACCGUCGACAAUUGUAGCUAAGAUAAUGGAGUGCAUCUUGCAGGACGACGUGUGUCGCGAGGAAGCCAUGCUAAAGGCGCGGCAUUCCAUCGCGGACAUGCGCAGUCCGCUUGCCGCGCAUGUCGUGGCCGCGCGGCACUCACGCGCACACCACUAGACCGUACGUUGCUUUAACCCAGCGGUC